UUAUAAUUUCAUGAAAUACUCUGUGUUGAUUUAUUUGAUUGCAACAGCAAAAUAGUUCUUGGUUGAGAAUGUGUGCAAAUGUGAACAAUUAUAAAGCAAAGAGGAUUGUGAUUUUGGUAAAGCUUAAUGUUUAUGGAUGGAUUAGAAAUGUGUUACAAUAUAAUGCGAAUCUUUUGAUGGCAAGACUGAAUAAGAAUGCAUUGAUUUUGUUGGAUGUGCAAUAAACGAUGUUGGAAAUUGCAGACCUUUUUCUGAUUGCAUCGAUUAUCAUGUAUCUGAUAAAACAAAAUGUUCAACUAAAUGGCCAACUUGUGUAGCUGGUGAUAAUUUAGUGAAUGGAAAGUAUGAGUGUUAAGAAUUGGGUGAUGAUAAUAUUUAUUAUGUUUGUUCUAAGAUUGAAAAAAAAGAACUUUGUACUGCUGAAGACAUAGAAGGUUAAGAUGCUAUUAAAUAAGCAGACGGUUAAGUAUGUGAUUGGAUUAUAGAUGAUGAUGAUGUUGGAAAAUGUAUAGCCUAUGAUCCCAAUAAGUGUUCAAAUAUCAUUUCUUAAUCUAAAUGUGAUCAUUUUCUAUGCAAAUGGGACACAGAAAAGGAAGAAUGUUCAGAACCUUUUUGUAUAGAAAUAGUAGAUAAAACCAAAUGUAAUUUUCUAAGAGGGGAUUAAACUGGAACAUAUCAAAUUUGCAAAUGGGAAGAUGAACUAUGUUAAGAUGCUGAAGAUACUUCUUUUCUUACAUAAAGCAAUUGUUUAUAAAAUAGUUUUUAUUCUGCCACUUGGAAUGGAACUAAUUGCAAUAUAUGUGAAAAUGAUGGAUUUAGUACAUUAAUAUCUAUGACCGUAGUGAUAAUAUUAAUUUUUUGA